UUAGGGAAACACGCGAGAACAACUGAAAGAUACUUAGAGAGUUGUAUCCAACUCUGUUCCGAGGAGCGCCUUGGACCGUGGACACUCACAAAUUGACCUUGCGGAACAAGUCCAAGUCACUUCUCCGCCAUCAUGGAUGCAGCUGCUUCGUCGCAAACAAAAAACUACCUGUUGAAGAUGACAUCGAGGCAACCUCACAAGAUCUAUGUCGGCCGGUAUGAUGGGAGUUCUCCCUCCCAAGUGUAUCUGUGUCCCAGGAGAUCAGAAUCUGCCAGAGAAAGAAGUAUCUUGUCCCCACAUCAGUUGCAGUAUCACCAUCAGGAUGAAAAAAAGGACGAGGAGACGGUUCACUGUCCUGAGGACGACACGACGAGAGCUAGUAGUCAUCCCAGAAAUAAAGUGAUGGAAGAUAUUGCUUCUAAUCCCAGCACGGCACUCUACAUCUCGGCUGUGGCAGCGGAUGUGUGUGAUGUAACACACAAAAUAGACCUACAACAAUCGCAGCUAGAAGCAUUACAGCAACAACUACAAGCCCAGGCAGACGUCGUUUCGUCGCCAUGGGCACUGAUGCUCUAUUGGUGGAAUAUGUUUUUUCACGCUCGCGUGGGGGAAUCCAGCAUCUUGUUGGCUUCUUGCAUGCGGAUUGCGUAUGCCUUGUUGGUCCUGUUUGACAAGGCAUUGUUGACGCUGGAUUUGCAAGAGUUCCUCUCCCCCUCGGAAGGAUAUCUUCCACUCGAGGCGGAACGAUCCAUGUUGGAUUCCCGUGGUCUUUACACCCCAUUGCAGCUAUUUCCGCAAACCGACACGUUUCUGUGGACACUGCAUUGGAUUGGAGUGAUACAAGCAGUUCUACUCCUAUUGGGAGUGGCUCCCAAGUUUAAUGCCGCGGGCGUCUUGCUGAGUCAUGUCACCUUGCAACAUCAAACAACAAUAUUCUUUGAUGGACAAGAUGUCAUGUUUCGGGUAUGGUGUUUUCAUUUGAUCUCCAUGCCCAUUCAUCGAUUGACUAUUAUGGGAUGGAUGCGACAACAAAAACAACAAUCACCAAACGAACAAGGAGAAGAAACCUACCCAAUUUGGCCCUUUCGACUCUUUCAAAUCCAAAUUUGUCUCGUGUACUUGGGCGCCGCAGGAGUCAAGUGGUUGAGUGAAUACUGGACCGCGGGGACAUCACUCUUUUUCAUGGUACACAAUGAUGACUUUUAUGGCAAAUUCUUCAAUCCUGACAUUCUCUUCAACUACAUGGGACCACUCAAAUGCAUGACGUGGGCUGCCUUGCUCAUUGAAACCUUGGCUCCGAUACUGGUGUGGCCUGCAACGACCCGCAAGUGGGCCCUGGGGUCCAUCAUCCUGCUGCAUUUUGGGAUGGAGAUCAGUCUCAACAUGCAUUGUUUUGAAUGGCUCACAAUACUCGCCUGGUGUAGUUUCUUGGCAGAGCCCAUUUCCACAAAAAAGAAGAAACACGGAGGAUGUACAGCAUCAUCCACUUCAAAGGUCAAACAAGCAUAACAGUAUAUUUGCAGGUCAGCGCGCGGAGCUAUGGGCAUGCCUGUUUGGAUGUGAGGAACCUAUCACAAGGCGUCUCUGUUAAGCAAUCCACCAGCACGCAAGGUGGAAUAGGGAAUUAUUGACAUAUACUUUCAUGCCUGUACGACAAUUUAUAUGCUAGCUUUUAAUCAAAAAGAAUGAUUCAGUUCCACCCUCGCUU